AUGGCAGCUGUGAGAGUUCUUCACCAAAGCCAAAUUUCUCCUUCUCCACGGCUUCCAUCUCAACCUCCUCAACGUCUCUCCUUCAUCGACGCAAUAUGGCUACGAGGUUCAGCAAUGUCAGAGAGGCUUUUCUUCUACGACUUUCCUCACCCCACCUCCCACUUCAUACACCAAAACCUCCCCAUCCUCACCAAAUCCCUCUCCCUCACCCUCCACCACUUUUAUCCCUUAGCAGGAUCCAUCCGUCCCUCCCCUGAUUCCGAUGACCAGUUCGAGAUUGCCUACGAGGAAGGCGACUCCGUCACCGUCACUGUUGCUGAGUUUAUCGGCGAUGAAUUCCACAACAUGUCCGGCCACCACCCCCGAAGCAUAGAAAACCUUCGACUUCUGGUCCCAAAACCAGCAAAGUCGUCAUCGAGCGGCCAAUUUCCGCCCAUCUUGAUUCAAAUCACCCUUUUUCCGAACCAAGGCGUCUGCUUGGGCUUCGCAAUAAAUCACGCCAUCUGCGAUGGAUCUGGAUCGAUUCUAUUCUUCAGGUCGUGGGCCGCUGCCUGCCGCUCUACUGAAUCCGUUCUCAAUGAGAUAUCCCCUCCAUUCCUUGACCGAUCCUCCAUUAUCGAUACCCGCGGAAUACGAAGGAGAAUACUCGAAACGAUGCAUCAGUACAGAGGGGUAUUUAAAAAAUCCUCGGAGAAGCAGGACAGCUUACUAGUUUCUGAUCCUAACUUGGUCUCUGCAACUUUUACUCUCAGUAAAGAUCAAAUUGCGAGACUGAAAGAGUGUGUGCAAGCAAAGGGAGUGGAGGAAGGGAAGCCAUUGUUUCAUAUCUCGGCUUUCGUUGUAACCUGCGCUUAUGUAUGGAGAUGCUUUGUGAAAGCACAGGCUUACGAUGGAGAUAUCAAGCAAUAUUUAAUCUUUCCGGUGGAUUGGAGAUCGAGGAUGAAGCCGUCGAUCCCAAGCAACUACUUUGGGAACUGCUUGGGAUCUUGUGUGGUUGAGUUGAAUGCAAGAGAGCUGGUGCAGAAGAACGGGAAUGAGUUGGCGGCCAUGGAGAUAACCAAGAGCAUAGAUGGGUUGCAAGGGAGGGAUGUUGGUGAGGCAUUAAUGGCGACGUUCGAUAGACAUUGGGAACCAGCGAGGAGCAAGCGAUUAACGGUCGCUGGAUCACCGAAGCUGAGGGUUUACGAUGUUGAUUUUGGGUGGGGGAGGCCGGUGAAGGCGGAUAUCACUUCGAUUAUUGAGACGGGGGCUAUGUCUCUUGCUGAGAGCAGAAAGGAGGAGGGAGGAAUAGAGAUUGGAUUGGUACUUUCUGAGAAGGAGAUGAAUAAGUUUGGAACGAACUUUGCUACAGAUUUGCUAGAGAUCUUUAAGUAUGAUGAAGGUGAAGGCAGCCAAUUAGAACAAAGACUCCAUUGUAGAAGAACUACGACGUUUCUCCUUCCUCAGCCAACUACUAGAUACUUAUCUCCUUUCUCAGCCAAACCCAGCUUUGCCAUGGCUGCCGUAAAAGUUCUCCACGAAAUCCAGAUAUCUCCCUCUCCCUCACUUCCUUCUCAGCCCCCGCAACCUCUCUCCUUCCUUGACGCUAUGUGGCUGCAAAGCUCAGGUCCGGUUGAGAGGCUUUUCUUCUACGAAUGUCUUCAUCCCAUCUCCCAUUUCAUAGACCACGAGCUCCCCAUCUUCACCAAAUCCCUUUCCGUCACCCUUUACCACUUCUACCCUUUAGCAGGAUCCAUCCGCCCCUCCCCUGACUCCCUAUACCAAUUCGAGAUUGCCUACGAGGAAGGCGAUUCCGUCACUAUCACCGUCGCCGAGUUCAUCGGCGACAACUUCCGCAACAUCCCGGGCUCCGGCCACCACCCACGAAGCUUCAAAAACCUGCAUCUUCUGGUCCCGAAAAAACCAGCAAAUUUCUCUAAUAUAGGCCAACUUCCGCCCAUCUCAAUUCAAAUCACGCUCUUCUCGAACCAAGGCUUUUGCGUCGGAUUCGCAAUAAAUCACGCUGCUUGUGACGGAUUCGGAUCGAUGCAAUUCAUUCGAUCGUGGGCCGCUGCUUGCCGCUCGAUGAAACCCAUCUCCUCUCCUUUCCUCGACCGAUCCAUUAUUGUGGAUACCUACGGAAUACGUCGGAAAAUAUUCAGGAGAAUGUGUCAACACAAAGAGCAACUCGAAGAAUAUUUCAUGAAACAGGGCAGCUUGCCAGAUUCCGAUCCUAGCUUGGUUUCUGCUACUUUUACUCUUGGUAAAGAUAAAAUUGACCGAUUGAAAGAGCUUGUGAAAGCGAAAGGAGAGGAAGAAGAGAAGCCAUCGUUUCACAUAUCAACAUUUGUUGUAACUUGUGCUUACGUAUGGAGAUGUCUUGUGAAAGCUCGGGGAUAUGGCGGAGAUGUCAAGCAGUACUUCGGGUGCGCUGUGGAUUGGAGAAGGAGGAUGAAGUCGCCGUUCCCGAGCAAUUACUUUGGGAAUUGCUUAGGGGCUUGUGUGGGGGAGGUAAAGGCCGGGGAUUUGGUAGGGAAGGAGGGGAUUCAGGUGGCGACAAUGGUGAUAGGUAAGAGCAUAGAUGGGUUGCAGGGGACGGACGUUGGUAAGGGAUUGGAAGAGACGAUAGAUAGAUACGCGGAGUUAGCGAUUAGCGGACCUUUGUCGGUUGCUGGAUCUCCGAAGCUGAGGGUUUACGAGGUUGAUUUUGGGUGGGGGAGGCCAUUGAAGGUGGAGAUUACUUCUAUUGUGGAGACAGGAGCCAUGUCUCUGGCUGAGAGCAAAGAAGAGGGAGGAAUGGAGAUUGGUUUGGUACUCGCAGAGGAGCUAAUGACUAAGUUUGGAACAAACUUUGCGAAUGAUUUGCUAGACAUCUUUAAGUGAAGUUUUGAUAAUCAGCUUCUUCA